AUGAAUUACAUCAAACAAUUUAUCUUGGCAAUUUGCUUUUAUCUAGUCUUAACAUGUCAAGAUCAUGUUUUAGCCCGCGACACCACCACGAGAGACAUCGUAGUCCCGAAGAUUUCCGAGUGGCAAGUUACGGUUGCUAACGGUUUGACCACUGGUGAAACUCUUUUCAUCCAUUGUAAGUCUAAGGAAAACGAUCUAGGUGAUAUUAACCUGAAGUUCUUAGAUAGAUUUUCUUGGAAUUUUGGAGAAAAUAUGCUUCACUCAACUUUGUUUUGGUGCUAUAUGAGCAAAGAUGAUGGUCAUAUGAAUGUAAAAGUGUUUUGGGAUGAUGUUAUUCUAUUUCAUAGAUGUGAUUGGAAGAAUUGUGUUUGGACCGCAAAGAAUGAUGGCCUUUAUCUUUGGAAUUCUGCAAUCGGUGAAGAUGUACUGUCGGAGAAAUGGAAAUCUGGAUGGUGA